AUGUCCGUCCCGCGCACCAUCCGCCAAGUCUUCCUCGCCAUCGAGCAAGCAGAGGGCGCCGGCGCCCGGGUCCGCCGAUCCAUCGGCACCGCCAAACUGCGCAACUUCAGCCCCUUCCUCAUGCUGGACCACUUCACCAUCGGCAAGGGCGCCGGGUUCCCGGACCACCCGCACCGCGGCCAGGAAACAAUCACGUACCUCCUCUCGGGCGGAGUCGACCACGAGGAUUUCGCGGGGAACCAAGGCACGAUCGGACCAGGCGACCUGCAAUUCAUGACGGCGGGCCGCGGAAUCAUGCACGCGGAGAUGCCGCACGAGAACGAAGACGGCAGCCCCAACGUCGGCAUGCAGCUCUGGGUGGAUCUGCCCAAGCCCCUGAAGAUGUGCGAGCCGCGCUAUCGCGAUCUCCGCGCCGCCGAGAUCCCCCUGGCCAAGCUCGACGGCGGCCGCGUCGUCGUCAAGGUCAUCUCGGGCCAGUCGCAUGGCGUCGACUCCGUGCGCGACUUGGCCUAUACGCCGGUCUGGCUGCUGGAUGUCACCGUCCGCCCCGGCGGUCGCAUCGCCCAGCCGCUGCCCCUGGGCUGGAAUGCCUUUGCCUAUACGCUUUCCGGCGCCACCGUGUUCGGGUCCGCCGAUCACACCCAGCUGGUCCAGGAGUUCCAUAAUGUCGUUUUCGACCAGCCCGGGGAUUUCGUCGAGGCCUCUGUUCCGGAUACCGCCGCCGCCGAGGCCCGGUUCAUUCUUGUGGCUGGCCAGCCCUUGGAUCAGAAAGUUGUCCAGUAUGGUCCGUUUGUCUUGACCAGCCAGGAAGAGGUGUACCAGGCGAUGCUGGACUACCAGACUGCUUCGAAUGGCUUUGAGCGCUCGCGCGGUUGGGAGAGUGAAAUUGGCAAGCGUAUGGCUUUUUAG